AUGACUCGGUACGGGGGCCUGGGGAGGACGCGCCCUAAAAAGCUCACCUCCAAGGCAUCCAUCCCCGUUGUCCGGGAGUCAGACAUCGAUCCCAUCGAGGAUGACACCCAGAGCGCUCUACAACAGAUCGAAACCGGCGUCGAAAAGGCCGAGGAGUCGGAAAUUCACCUGCAACGCGCAAUUAAUGCCGCUGCCCAGGGCAAAGUAAAUGAGGCACAUAUCCCCACCCCGGAGACCAUUCUCAGUAAUCUUCAAUAUGACGAACUCUACCCUCCUGUCUUCUCCCAGCCUGCGACGUACAUCCGCUUCUCCUCGACUGUCGAGGAUUGUUGCGGAUGUCCGUACAACAUGACGGAUGAGGACGAUGUCUUCCUUAAGACGUUGAACCAAAAGCGUGAACCAUCUGCGGAACGGUGCUCGGAAGAUACCUUCGAGGAAAUCAUGAAUUUCUUUGAGGAAACGGCGCAGUUGAAGCAGCCAUACGCAUCGAUCGACAACCCACCAGUGUUGUCGUUUGCCGAAAUGCAAGACAUGAUGGAUACAUCUUUAGAAGAUCCGAUGAAGCCCUUUGCCAAAGAAAUUUAUGAGCACUGGAAGGCGGGUCGGAUGGCGGUGCAGAACAAUGCUCUUGUAUCGCAACUCAAGUUCGAAACUGGCCAAGACACCGACGACAGUGAUCCAUUUGUCUGUUUCCGUAGACGCGAGGUCCGCCAGAUCCGCAAGACCCGUGGUAGAGAUGCACAGAGUGCAGAAAAGCUCAGACGUCUUCGCAAGGAGUUGGAAGAUGCUCGCGAGCUUGUUGCUUUGGUGCGCCAGCGGGAAAUUGCUCGGAAGGAAAUGCUCUCCAUGGAGCGACACCUCUUCAAGCAGCGUUGUGAGGUCAAGGAGAUGAAGCGCAAGCUCAACAUUAAGGACGAUGAUGAAGACCUCAUCAACCAAAAGGUAAGCAUGACUGAUCUGACUGCUCGUAAUGUGCAUGCGCUGACCUUCUUCUCACAGCCAAAGAAGAGGGUGGUCGAUAUGCCAACCCAACGUUCAAAUGCCCCUCAACUGCGUAUGCCCCUCAAGGCUGGACAAGGUGCAGAGGAUCUGCAACUCUUGGAAGACGUUCAGGCGGAGAAAGAGAACGAGAUUCUGCGCGAUAUCAAACAGAACAUCACCAAGCACAUCAAGUGGAACGAGGGAUACGUGGAUCACACCCGUGCCCCACUUUCUCCUUCACCGGAAAGGAUAUUCGAUGUGUCUGCCUUCAGACCCGCAUUCACGGCACAGCUGCCAACCCCUCCAUCAUCAGAAUCAUCUGGCGAGAUGGAGACUUCCUUAGAUGUUACCAGCCCGCUCUUCUCCAAAGACAAGCUUGCUUCGCACGCCAUAGAACUCCAUGACGAGACACACCGGAUGCCAUCUUUCCGACGAAGAGUUGGACGUGGUGGCCGGUUAAUGAUCGACCGUCGGAACAUGGGGAGUCGUAAAAUUGAGAUGGACCCUAUCAAGGCCGACCGAUUCAAGUUCGACCAAGAAGAUUCCGACGAAGAGCCCGAUUAUGAUACGGAUGCGUAUAGCAUCCAAAUCAUGCAGCACCGGGCUAUCACCAUGGCCAAGGCGCGCGAACAGGCUGCAGUGGCUGCCCAGGCUCAUGCGCAGGCGCAAGCACAGGCAGUCCAAGCCCAAGCACAGGCUCAGCGACGACUGCAAGACCAAAGCGGUCAGCACCCAGGUCCCAAUCCCGGACCGGUUGCGGUGGCAGUGUCAGAGACCUAA